CCUUACACAGUGACCAAAUACACUGUGGGACUAUUACUGCUUGUCUCUUCCAUAUGAGAAUCUGGGGUUCUCACUCACUUCCUGAGAUAGAGGAAGAAAGUGAGCAACAGUUGGGAAGAUAUGGAUAGCUUGGACUAUCUGCUGGUACCAGCAGGUCUGUUUGUGUUGGGGUUGUACCAUGUUUGGCUAAUCAUCACAGUUCUGCGCAAUCCCAUACGAACUGUCAUUGGCGUCAAUGCUCACACUCGUCAACAAUGGGUCUUCUCCAUGAUGACUGACCCUUUGAAGAAUGGUGUUUUGAUUAUACAAACUCUACGCAACAACAUAAUGGCAUCGACACUUCUGGCAACAACAGAAAUUACUCUUUGUUCUGUGAUCGUUGUACUUGUGAGCAGCCAAUCCAGCUCCAGUAGCACUGUAUCAUUACACUUAGUUUACUCUGAUUAUACUCCCUCCUUAACUUCAAUCAAGUACUUGUGCAUUUUGCUUUGCUUUCUUGUUGCAUUUCUCUGCAAUGUGCAGUCUACUAGAUAUUAUGCCCAUGUCAGCUUCUUGGGUACUGUCCCAACAUGGAAAAACAAGCCAGGUUACAUUGAGUAUGUUGCAGCAACUUUGAACCGAGGAUAUUACUUUUGGGCCCUGGGAUUGCGAGCAUUCUACCUCUCCAUUCCUCUCUUUCUCUGGAUCUUUGGGCCGAUACCUAUGUUUGUCAGUUGCUGUGUAAUGUCAGUUGUUCUCUAUUUCUUGGACACAACCUCCAGCUUUGCACAACUUAUUCACACCCAAUUGUUCAGGGAGGAAGAAAAAACCGAUAAUGUGGAGCCAAUUGCUCAAUCACUGUAA